AUGAAUUCGAAUCGAAAUAUACUGCGUCCAACACAUAAUCGACUUCCACUUAAAGAUGUAUCAUCGGAUAAAAUAUUUAUUACAAAUAAAACAAAAUUAUGUACUAAUGCAUCUUUACAACAACAAGAAAAUGUUAUUCCAAUAACAUCACGACAAAUUCUUACUGCAGCACGUUCAAUAAAAAGACAUCUUCAAGAAAAUGACAAUGUUGAUAAUGAAAUGCAUAUUUCACCAAUGGUUACAACCAUUCAUAAAGCAAAUAUUGUUGUUUUACCAAAACAAACAGUAUUUGAAGAAAAUAAAACUCGUGAACAACUUGAACAAGAUUUAUUCGUUUUACCUGAUUAUCGUCAAUCAAUUUUUGAACAUUUAAAAUCAGUAGAACAUAUUUAUGCUCCUAAGGUUAACUUUAUGGAGUAUCAAUCAGAUAUAAAUUCAGCUAUGCGUACAAUUCUUGUUGAUUGGCUUAUUGAAGUAGCUGAUGAAUAUAAAUUAAAUGAUGAAACACUUUUUCUUUGUAUACAAUAUGUUGAUCGAUUUUUAUCAACAGUUAAUGUAACACGAUCAAAAUUACAAUUAGUUGGUACAACUUGUAUGUAUGUAGCAUCAAAAUAUGAAGAAAUGUAUCGACCAGCAUUAGAUGAGUUUUCAUUUAUUACGGAUAAUACAUACGAAACAAAGCAUAUACUUCGUAUGGAACAAAUUAUUAUGAAAAUGCUUAAUUUUUCUCUUUCUGGACCGACUUGUUACACAUUUAUACAAUAUUAUUUAACAUAUUUUAAACCAACAAUAUCAACUCAUGAUAAUGAUAAUGAAUAUAAAUGUUUAAUUAUGUUAACAAAUUAUUUAUGUACAUUAUCACUUUUACAAGAUCGUCCAUUUUCAUCGUACCGUUCAUCGAUGAUAGCGGCUAGUUGUCUUUUAUAUGCUAAUCGACUUUUAAAUAAUGAUGCAACUUGGACGAAUCGUCAUGUACAAAUAACAUCAUAUAAUCAACGUGAUUUAAAUGAAUGUAUAUCAGCUAUAAGUGAACUUUAUACAAAAACAUUUCAUCAAGAUGAAACAACAUUAAGUAUACUUCGACGUUAUUUAAAAAAUAAAAAAGAAAAUGAUAUAUAUGAACGUCGAGUUAAAGAAAUAAUUCAUGAAUCAUUAUCAAAAAUAGAUAACGAAGAUGAAAAUGAUGAAAUAAUUGAUUUAACAUUUGAUGAUAUAGAUGAAGAAAAUAUGAGUAUGGAAGAUCAUUUAUAA